UGGCGAAUCUUUCAGACGGUGUCGGCACUCAUGCUCUAGUAAACGAGCGUGGCAACUCGAGAGCGGAGCGGACAAGAGCGGACAGCACGAUGUGGCGUACACUGGUGGUGGUGGUUCUGCUGGUGGCCACGACGGUGUCGGUGGUCGGCGACAAAGUGGUGGUCCUGCCGCACGACGUUUACCCGGGCUACGAGGUGACGCUGUUCAACACGAAACGUCCAUCCAACUUCCACCUGAUGGAGAACGGUUUCUCCAAGUUCUUCACGGUGUUGGGCAACGGCCUGGUCAUGACCACGUCCGACCUGUCGCCGUUGAUCGACCGGCCGGUGAACCUGAUCGUGCUGGAGGAGCUGGCCAACAGCACCGAGACGCAUUUCCUUCACCUGUACGUGAUCAAUCGGCGAAACAUGAUCACCUUCUCGCACGAUCAGCUGGGCGAGGGCGAGGUGCCGGAGAAUUCCGCCGGGGGCACGUUGAUCGACGGUUUCCCCGUUCUGAGGGCCCGCGGCAGUUUCCCGGUUCACUACACGAUCCUGCCGGACGAGACCGGCGACAGGCCGUUCGCGCUGAAGGAGGAGGACUCGAAUCAGACGGGGUUCAACCUGACGUUGAACAGCCAGAAGGAGGGCGUCCGUGUGGUGACGGCGAAGCCGCUGGAUCGCGAGAGCAAGAAGUCGUACACGGUGGUGAUACACGCCACCGACGGCUAUCUGCUCAGCAGCUCGCAGAUCAACGGGCUGGUGCACGUGCUGGACGAGAACGACAACAGGCCGGUGUUCGAGAAGGAGCAGUACACGUUCGAGAUCAGACCGAGCAACUUGGACCAGAUUGGCAUCGAGAAGAACUCGGUGGCGCUGCCUGGCUGGAAACGAUUCUCCACGGUGGGCAAGGUGGCGGCCAAGGACGCCGACGGUGACAAAGUCGCGUACAAGUUGCUGACGCCGAGCAGUCUGUUGGUGGUGGUGCCGCAGACUGGCGAACUGAUGCUGGUCGGCGAGCCGGAGAUCACCAUGGAGGAGGACAGCGAGUGCGUGGUGAUCGUGGAGGCGCACGACGUACGCAGCCCGAGCCGAUCCACCGAGAAACCGGCCAAGGUCGUCGUUCGAUUUCUCACGUCCGAGCCGACGGGGGAGGUGGAGCAGCAGCAGCACCGGAUACAGAAGAGACGGGUGACCAGGGCUGUCAGGCCGACGAAGAAGGUGGACUUCACGGAGGCUGACGGCGACGUCGAGGGGAAGAUCGCGUUCUACCUGGAGAAGGAGAACGAGAAGGAGACGUACAAGAUCAGGGACGAGAACAAGUGGGUCACCGUGGACUCGAACGGCUCGGUCAUAGUGAAACAGAAGUGGGACUACGAGGAGCUAGGGUCGGAAAAGACCAUUGAUUUUUGGGUGACUAUCACGAACACAGAUCGGUGCUCACGAUAUCCAUCGUUUAUGCGGUGUCCAUUCCACGACACGGACAAUCAGCGUGUCAUUAUCAACGUGAAGGACGUUAACGACGAGCCGCCGUACUUCAUAAAUCGGCCGCUGCCGAUGCAAACGGUCGUGCAGCUGAACGCACCGCCGAAUACUCACGUGUUUACCCUCCAGGCAAGGGAUCCUGACACCGACAGCAAUAUUCAUUACUUCAUCGUACGGGAUCGCACUGGCGGCCGUUUCGAGGUGGACGAGCGAUCCGGCGUUGUACGCACCCGUGGGACCGAUCUCUUUCAACUGGACAUGGAGUACGUUCUGUACGUGAAAGCGGAGGAUCAGAACGGCCGUAUAGACGAGAGGCGUUUUCAGUCGACUCCUGAGGAACGUUUAUCGAUCGUAGGUGGAAAACGCGCGCCGCAGUUCUACAUGACCGCGUACGAGGCUGAAAUACCGGAAAACCAGAAGAAGGAUUCCGAUAUCAUAUCGGUGAAGGCGAAAUCGUUCGCCGAUCGUGAAAUUCGGUACACGCUGAAGGCGCAAGGGCAAGGUGCGGCGGGAACGUUCAACAUUGGACCAACGACUGGCAUUGUGAAGCUGGCGAAGGAAUUAGAUUUCGAGGAUCUACGUCAACCGCACAUUUAUUCUCUCAUUGUCACUGCCACGGAGGAUUCCGGUGGUUUCUCCACGUCCGUCGAGUUGACCAUACGAGUGUCGGACGUGAACGACAACGCGCCGAAAUUCGAAUUGCCCGACUACCAAGCGCACAACGUGGACGAGGACAUAUCGUUAGGAACGAGUAUACUGAAAGUGAAAGCAACCGACGCGGACUCUGGCGCGAACGCGGAAAUAGAGUAUCUGGUGUCGGACGACCACUUCAGCGUGGACUCCAGUGGGCUUAUCGUUAACAACAAACAGCUCGACGCGGACAACAACAACGCUUACUACGAGUUCAUCGUCACCGCCAAAGACAAAGGCGAGCCACCGAAAACCGGGACGGCGACGGUGCGCAUAUACACGAAGAACAAGAACGACGAGGAGCCGAAGUUCUCGCAGCAGGUGUACACGCCGAACGUGGACGAGAACGCCGGGCCCAACACGCUGGUGACGACCGUCGUCGCGUCCGACAAGGACGGCGACAACGUUCGGUUCCGUUUCGUCGGCGGCAACACGACGUCCGGCCAGUUCGUGAUCGAGGAGAUCACCGGCGUGAUCCGUUUGCACGGGAAGGAGAUCUCGUUGGACAGGGACAAGUACGAGCUGAACGUGACUGCCCUCGACGACGGUGCUUGUUGCCCGAACGGGGAGACGACGACCCACACAAGCACCGCGGUUGUCGUCGUGUUCAUCACCGACGUGAACGACAACAAGCCGGUGUUCAAGGAGUGCAGCAUGUACAACCCGAAGGUGGAGGAGGGCGCGCCGAAUGGCAGCACCGUGAUCAAGGUUCAGGCGACCGACGAGGACAAAGGCGUGAACGGGCAGGUGAAAUACUCGAUCGUUCAGCAACCGAACCAGAAGGGCACCAAGUUCACCGUCGACGAGGAGACUGGACAAGUUUUGACGAAUAAGGUAUUUGAUCGUGAAGGAGAUGACGGGAAAUUUGUAUCAGUUACCGUUAAAGCAACGGAUCAAGGUGAACCUUCAUUGGAAGGUGUUUGCUCCUUCACUGUUGAAAUCACCGAUGUUAACGACAACCCACCACUGUUCGAUCGUCAGCGAUACGUGGAGAACGUAAAGCAGGACGCCAGUAUCGGAACGAACAUUCUCCGAGUGUCGGCAUCGGACGAGGAUGCCGACAAUAACGGCGCGAUAACGUACUCGUUGAGCUCCCCUAACAAUGACCAAGGGCUGGAGUACUUUGAGAUUCAACCAGAGUCUGGUUGGAUCGUCUUAAAGAAGCCCCUUGACGUGAGUAUUCUCAUUGACGAUCAUUUACGUAUACGACUCUCUCUCUAGCAGUUAACAACGAGCGAUCUACUUCUACCCGGAGGGCCUCCCGUGCGUUCUCGAGCAAGCAACGUGUGUGUUCCGGUUUCUUCUUCAACGCAUCGCGCGACACGCUUUGCCGUCAUCCAUCCGUGAAUUGAAACGAAGUUGAAACGUCGCUUGAUUGUAUCUUCAAACGACGUCGUUGCGCGAAAAAAAUGUCGAACGAAGCUGUGUGUGUUUGAAAGGAAGAACUGCUCCGACAAGCCGAGAAUGCACGUGACGUUCUCCGAAAUUAUUAAUUACCAUUACGCCCAAAUUUACAACGUAUGUACACGCACGCGUAUAAUGUAUACGCGUGUGUGUACAUGUCGAAGAAGUAUAUAUAUAUAUAUUUAUAUCUAUAUUUAUACUGUGAAUAUGAAUACAAAGUUGAGUGUACACCUUCUGCCGAUAUAUAUAUUUCUAUAUUGUAUACGUUUACGUUUGACUUACGUUGAUUCUUUAACACGAAUCCGUUUUGUUGCGUUGAUAUAUCGGACAAACUUGUUAUAUCUGAUAUAUAUACGUUUUGGUCGGCAAAUUAUUUCUCUGAUUAUAUAUCACUGACAUAUGCAACGAAAUGAGUUUCCUUUUUACGGCACAUGUAUAGAACUUUUUAAUUCCCAUUGAUAUGCACAAUGUGUUCACUAUGGUAAAUACUUAGCUACUGCCUGAUUUCCUUCAAACGCUUCAUGUACCUGAAUCGAUCGACCGUUCGGGCUAUUUUUGCAACAGAACACUCUCUCUCUGUCUCUCUCAUUCUUUCUAUCGAGUACAUGCUCGCGGCGCGAGUACCUUUUUUUUUUUUAAAAAAAAAAAAAGAAAGAAAGAAAAAAACAAAUCGUUCCAGUCGAAAUCUCUCAUUUCGAACACACCUCUUGUCUCCAAGUUUUGUUCACCGUCCCGCGUUUCGGCCGCCGACGAAUCGUCGUUC